GUACUUGUGUCCUGAGAGGCGUGCUGUUUACGAAGAAGUGUCAGAGGUCGCGGGGGCAGAAGGCGUUCCUGCCCCUGGCAUAGUCGCUAUGUAGUUGGGAGGCUUGCGUUCUCCGAAAUAUUUUGGAAGGCUCUUAGGCUCUACUAGCGUAGUAGCCCAAGGACUUCUAGUUCCGGUCUUCAGGUCCCUGCCUGCUGAGCGGAACCGCCGCCGCCAUGUUUGGCUGCUUGGUGGCGGGAAGGCUGGUACAAACAGUUGCACAGCAAGUGGCAGAAGAUAAAUUUGUUUUUGACAUACCUGAUUAUGAAAAUAUCAACCAUGUGGUCGUUUUUAUGCUGGGAACAAUUCCAUUUCCUGAGGGAAUGGGAGGAUCUGUCUACUUUUCCUACCCUGAUUCAAAUGGAUUGCCAGUAUGGCAACUCCUAGGAUUUGUCACAAAUGGGAAACCAAGUGCCAUCUUCAAAAUUUCAGGUCUUAAAUCUGGAGAAGGAAGCCAACACCCUUUUGGAGCCAUGAAUAUUGUACGAACUCCAUCUGUUGCUCAGAUUGGAAUUUCCGUGGAAUUAUUGGACAGUCUGGCUCAGCAGACUCCUGUAGGUAAUGCUGCUGUAUCCUCAGUUGAUUCAUUCACUCAGUUCACACAAAAGAUGUUGGACAAUUUCUACAAUUUUGCUUCAUCAUUUGCUAUCUCUCAGGCCCAGAUGACACCAAGUCCAUCUGAAAUGUUCAUUCCAGCAAAUGUGGUUCUGAAAUGGUAUGAAAACUUUCAAAGACGACUAGCACAGAACCCUCUCUUUUGGAAAACAUAAUUUGAAUAAAAUAAUUUUUAAUGGA